AUGGUGGUUGUACGGCGGCAGAUGGGUGGCAAUUUGCCGCAAGACUGGACACAGGUGCUGUCCUGGUGCAGGAACGAGUUCCGGCGUUGCGUGGACCCCGAUCUGCCGGACAGCGCCGUACACCUGGCCAAGUGCUGUCUGCUUGUGGCCCUUGAGGAGGAGGCGGCUCGCAGCGGAGAGGCGCCCCACCCCGAGCUGGCUGAGCUCGUGGCGGCGAGCAGCGCGACGUGGAGGCCCCGGAGCGCCGCCAGCGCCAGCACCUGGAGCGGGGAGCGGCUGGAGGCGCUGGCGGCGGAGGUGGCGGCGCUGCUAGACCAGCAACUUGAUGAGCGGGCACAGUGUCGUACAGUGGCAACAACGGCGGUGCAAGCGGAAGGUGUUGAGGGCGCUGGCGUGGUCGCAGCAAUGGCGCCGGGUGCAGCGGAAUCGGAGACACGGCAGGCGCUGUACAGGCGGUAUCCCGUGCAAACAUUGGCGGCGGUCAACACGGUUCUGUUUGACCGACACGGGUACAUGCCGUGCAAUCGGUACGGCGUUCCCAGCGACCACCAGCUCUCCAGUGUGCUGGAGAGGGGAGUGGGCGCCAGCGCCGCACUGUCAAUACUGUAUCUGGAGGUGUGUGACCGGCUGGGCUUUCCACUGGCCGCCAGGCCCCUGGAGGAUGGCAGGUACUUUGUGUUGUGGCCCGUGGAUGCCCCCCUGACCGCCGAUGGUCAGCGGUUCCUGGUGGACCCGUACGGCAGGGGAGGCCUGCUGCUUCUGGACGAGGUGUGUGAGAUAUUCGGCGUGGAGCCCGCCUCCCUGCAGCCCGCGUGCCGCCGGACGCUGCUCGCCGCGUUGCUGGGGGAGCUGCGGGACGUGCACUGGGCCGCGGCGGUGGGCUGCUCGCCCCAGCCGGGGUCCAUGACUCCGCUGACUGCGAGGACGGCGCUGGAGAACAUGGUAUCGAUUCCAACCAGCGGCGUGCGGGCUGCAUCGCUGCGAAGGGCCCUGGCGGCGGCGGAGAAGCGGCUCUGGCUGCUGCCCGGGGAUCGAGAGGCGCAACUCCAGUACGGCCUUCUGUUGUACUUCAGUCGACGGUACGACGAUGCUUGGAUCGAGCUGGCGCUGUAUCUCGAGCGCUCGUCCAAGAUACAUAACACGUUCAACCGCUUCAAGCUUUUUUCUUUCUCGGACACCAAACCGUUCCUCUUAAUCCUGACAGGGAUCAAUUUGCCACCCAUUGAGAAAUGUGCGCGAUCCUGUCUAUAUGGUCGGGAGCGCGGGACUCAGGUGAUGGCCCAAUGCGACAGCCUCAUUCAAAUCUCCGGCCAGCUUCGAGCGCACCAACAGCAGCAGCAGCAAUACCAGCGGGUUCCCUCGGCAACGCCAGUCCUUGUCCACCCGGGCCGCCGCGGCGGCGGGUACGGCUACUACGGCGGCACUUCGUCGUACGCGCAUAGUAGGGUUGCAGAAGCAGACGAGGUGCCACCCCCGCCGCCGCCGCCGCCGUCGCACUUGCAACAAGAUCUGGCCGGAGGGUAUUAUCGAGCAGAGCCGUUGCGUAAUGCCUCUUGGACCCACCAUCGCGUCAGCGGCGGCAGCCUGCACAUGGCACAGCAACACACGCGGUACGCGCCGUACCAUGCCCCUGCUACGGUGCCGCCCGGCCACGCAGAGUCGGCGGCAAGGAGGCCUGCCAUACACGCAGCAGCAGCAGCAGCAGGAGCUACGCUGCCAUGGUCGCCGCCGCAGCUGCCGGUUGCUGCGGGAAGGCCAUCGACAAGUUCGUACAUGUACGACGAGGACUUGGAUAUGUAUCUCGCGCACGAGGAUCAGCGGCAGCAGCAUCUCGCCGUGGGAGCUCAGCGAGAUUUUCCCGCUGCGGCGGCGGCAGCGGCAGCCGCCGCUGCCUCCACAUCGCCGCCGCCGCAGCUACGGGCGCAAUCUCCGGAUGAGGCCGGCGUGGAGAGGUAUUUCCGGGGGUCCCCCGCGCAUACGCUGCAGGGGGAGGGAGGAGGUGGCGGUGGUGGUGGUGGUGAAGGUACGGGACCCGAGGUGGAGGCCGCGAGUCGUGGCGAGGGCGGCGGCGACGACGGCCGCGAUGCUGCGCCGAUGGCGGCGGCGGGGCUUGAGCCGGGCCCGUCGGGCCUUGCGCCAGCACAGGACGGUGCCGAUCGCCUGGCGGAGGUGGUGGGUGGAGGCUCGCGGGCGAGGCAGGAGGUGAGGAGAGGAUUAUCGGCCGCUGAUGCCUUUGGAGACACAGCAGCCCGCCGCAGCGGCGGCGAGGAGGGGGUUGACGGCGGCGGCAGCGGCAGCGCUGACGGCGAUGAUGUGGUCAUGGCAGGUACGGCAGCAGGCGGUGCCGAGGCAGCUGGCAGCGGCGGCGGUAGCGCUAGGCGGACGGCAUCAAACGACGUCGGUACGGCAGCUAUGGCGGUGGCAACCGGUCGGGGACCGGACGUCACGGGAUUGCCGUCAGCGGUGGGGUUUCGGAGCGCGUCAUCUGUACAGCCUCCGGCGGCGCCGCCAGGUCCAACCUUGGUCACAGCCACGGGAGCUAACAGACCCGCGUCCGCCUCCGCCGGCCUCGCCUCCGCCUCCGCCUCCGUUAUUCCCGUCUCCUCCGCUUCCCCCCCUUCCGCCUCCGCCGCCCGCGGUGGUGGUGGCGGUGGUGGUGGCGGCCCCUCCCUGGCGCUGCCCCUCACAGUGCUGCACAUGGACCGGAAGUGCCCCAAGGUGCUCGCGCCGAGGUCGGGGAGGCUGGGGGACACGAAACACCUCGUACUGCCGUCGGAAAUCGUACAGGCUCUCCCAGAGCCCAUGCGCAACGGUCAACUACCAGUCCGGGUGCGGAGCUUGGUCCUGCCUCCUAACCCGCCCAAACGGCAUCGCGGUACGGGAGGUACGGCUCCGCUGUUCCCGCGGAUGCGGCAAGGGGCGCGCAGCAGCAGCAGCAGCCGCGGCGGCGGCAGCAAUUCCGACACAGAAGCAUCAGAUGAUGACGAUGAUGAUGAUACUGAGGAGGGCGACGAGGGGGAGGAGGAGGAGGACGGCGAGGCCGUUGAAGGUGCGGUGGAGGUGAAGGUGGAGGCGGCGGUGGCGGAGGAGGAGGAGGAGGAGCGGGGCGGGGCCGAGGAAGCCUUGUGCCCCAUUGGAAGCGGACCCGGAGGCAAGUCGGCCCUUCAGAUCGUGGUUUCGGAGCGCAUGUACGGCCGUCGUACCGAGUUUUUCCGCUUGCUCCCGGACCUCACCCUGGAACUAGGUCUCGGCAAGCGCAUGCUGCGGUCCCCCCGGGGGAGGAGGGCCCGGGGGGCUGCGGCGGCUCCCACACCCACACGCAUACGCACACCCACACCCACCGCCGGGCAGCCCAACACGAACACAAACAACAACAACGGCAAAAGCACGAGCACUGCUGCUGGUGCUGCGGCUGCUACAGCCCCAUUGGGCCAUACGCCGACACCCACAAUGCUAGAGGCGGCUAGCGGCACCUUAGCAGCAGCCUCAGCUAGCCCUACGGUAAAGCGGGAGCAGCGGCAGGAAGCGGACCUGGCUGCUGGCGGGCCGUCAGAGGCCACGCAGCGGGGCGUACGGCAGGACGAGGUCGACGGAGGCGGAUGCCUUCCGCCGGUCACGUUGGACGAUAGACCGCGAGCCGGGGGGCCCCCGGGGACGCCCUUCCUGCAGGGCGGCGGCGGCGGCGGCAGAGAGCCGACUCCCCAGCAGCAGGAGCAGCCGUACAGCCGGCAGCCGUACAGCCAGCAGUAUGAUCAGCGGCGUCAGGAGAGCGCGCACCUUGACGAGGCAGCAGCGGCGGCGGCGGUGAUGGCACGGGGCCGCGGCGGUGGCGGCAGCGGUGCUGGCCGAGCGCCGCCGCUGCUGCCACUGGCUGUACGGCGGAAGUACAUCAACAAGCAGCAGCCAGUUGUUAUCCGUACUAGCUCGGGUAUUCUGGGCGGGAAGAAGCACCUGCCGGUGCCUCCCCAGAUCUUGGAGCUCCUUCCAGCAGACCAACGGCGGUUCAACAACCCCCGUCCUGUCGUGGUACGUGUAUUGCACCUCACCCCGCCGGCCGGCGGCGCUGCUUCCGCUACUGGAGCAGGUGCCAGCGGCGCGGAUGGGGACAACGUGUCGUACGUGAACUGGCGGGAGGCGGUUUUAGAGGAAACGGAAUGCACCAUAGGGCCCACGGGUUCGCACGGCUGCAUGUCACUCCAACUGCCAGUAACCGCCUGCAUGUGGAAUAGGCCGAUGCUGUUCAUGCGGUUGCAAGUCGACGGGGCCGUUGACCUGGCGCUCGGCGACGCCGACCCGAGCCACCCGCCGCCACGGAAGCCGGCGGCGGCGGCCGGCGGCGGCGGCGGAGGAGGAGGAGGAGGAGGAGACGGUGGCGGCGCUGCGGCGGCCGGCAGCGGCGGCGAUGCGCUGGACAGCUCGCGGCGGCGGCGGCGCGAGGUGGAGCAGGCGGCGGCAGCAGAGAGCGAGGAGGAUCAAGAGGAUAUGGAGGAGGAGGUGCCGUACGGAUCUGGUGGGCGCCGCCGCGAAGCCGGCGGCGGUGCCGCCGCUGCCGUGGACGUCAGCGGAGAUGUGCUGGAGGCGGUCGGCCGAGGCAGCAGCGCCAAGCGGCCCAGAUGGCAGCAGCAGCAACAGCAUGAGGCUAUUAGCGCAGGUGGCGGUGACGCCAGCGGCCGCGCUGCCGCCGCCGCCGCGGCAGCCAUUGCUGCAGCGGACGUUGCUCCGCAUGUCGUAACCCUGCCGCCGCCGCAGCAGCAUCCCCAGAUGGUGGUGACAAGCGGCCGAUUGAACUCUGGAAGGUUUCCUGCCGCUGUCGCCGCCGAUGCAGCCGCCGCCGCCGCCGCCGCCCCUGCUGUGCUAGGCGCUGGCGGCGGCGUCGACGCCGGCAGUCUCGCCGGUAGCUUGGACGCCCUGGCAUCCGCUGCGGCGGCCGCUGCCAGGGCGGAUCAGCUGUUGCUGCUACAGCACCACCAACAGCAGCAGCAGCAGCAGCAGCGGCGGCGCAUCGAGGCGCCGGAUCCGCCAGUGUACGAGCAAGACGAGCCUUACCAGCUUCAGAGAGUCAUCUACGCCGCUGGUACGAAUGAAGCGGAGGAUCUAGGGGAGGUGUACGGCGACAGACCGCGACCGCCGUCGCCGGUGCAGCGGCGGCCUUUGCCGGCGACAGGGACGGCCGGGCUCCUGGCGUUGCGGCACGGCAGCGACGGCGCCGCCGCCGCUACCUCCGCCGGCGGCGGCGGCGGCGGCACGGAUGCAGGGCCUUUGGCCGUACAUCCCGGUGUGUCGCACACCUUGGCGCCAAUGCAACGUCGCUUGCCUAACCUUGUUCGCGGUUGUCCCAACCCGCCGUCCGCCUCCGAGGAGGACGACGCAGACCUCCAUGCCGCCGCGCCUUUUGCUGCCGUGGACCACCACAAGGAACGUGGCGACCGCAAUAUGCAUGUUGUCGUACCUGCCGUACGAAUAGCAGGCGGUGGAGAGGCGCUACGGAGUGCGGCGGGAGCCGUCCUGGCGGGAGCCUCGCCAGUCGGUGUCGCACGCGGCGGCGGCGGCGGCGGCGGCGGCGGGAUCCACGACGGCCAGGACGAGGAGCUCGCAGGGGGGGUUGAUUUCGGCAUUCUUGGCAGCGGCAGUAGUAGCAGGGCUGGCGGCGGCGCGUAUGCGUGGCAUCAUGCCGUGCAAGCACAGUACCGCCCGCCGCAGCGCCGCCUGUUGCCGCCGCCGCCGCCGCUGCCGCCGCACCAGCAGCAUCUGCGGACGUUAUCCCCCGGGGUCGUUCCGCUGGGAGUGAAGUUGAAUCGUACGGACGUUUUGCAGCAACGCGGCGGCCAUUUGGGACCUGUGGGGGCCGCCGGCGGCGGCGGCGGCGGCGGUAGUCGCCACGAUGACGAUCUCCGGGCGGCGGACAUCGAUACCGGAGAUCCGCCGCCGCUGCCGCCACUACCUAUUGGGCUACUGCGUCUUCAACGGGGGGGUGGCGACGGCGGCGGUGGCGGCGGCGCUGGUGCUGCUGACAUGACCGUGGCGGAGGAGCCCCCGGCGCCGGCGGCGAUGGCCGUCGCCGCAGCCACGCUAGGGCGCGCGUGGAAUUUGCUGCAACAGGUGCCGCGGGCGCAGCUGGCGGCGGCGAGGGCGCUGGCGGGGGCUGCCGUACAGAGCGGCGGCAGCAGUUCCGGGCCCGAGUCCAGUGCGGCGCUGGCUAACUUCCGCGCCUGUCUGUCGGGCAUCGUGGGAUUGCUCAUGCGCGCAAGGGAGGCGGCGGCGGCGGAUGUAGCAGCGCAGGAGCAUCUACAGCCUCAUCUACGUGUAGCUCGCGCGAGGGACGGUCGUACUCGCCGCUGCCUGCUGGCGGCGGCGCCGCUGCUGCUCAACGCUGCGGAAUGCCUGCUGGAGUGGUACGGCCUGCUGGCGGCGACAGCGGCGGACGGUACGGCCGCAGGAUGUGCGGAGGAGCUGGGUGGCAGUGCUGCUCUCGUGCGGGCGCAGCUGACGGAGGCACUGGCGCUGCUUCCGCCGCCGGGGGCAGCAGCGGCGGCGGCGGCGGCGGCGGGGCCCCCUACGAGCGGCUAA